CCCAAUUAAAUUCCCUUUCUCCAAUAAUUUAGCACAAACCAAAUAAAUUAAUUCUUCCACAAAAUUCAACACCAAAAUUCCAUCUACAAAUCCAAAAUACACAUUUUUUUUCGAUAUUCGUAGUGUUUGGAUCAAUUUUUUCACACUUCAAAUAAAUCAACGAGAUAUAUGUCACCUCACAUCACCCGCAAUAAAUAUCAAUUAACUCUAUCCAUCAAGAUUAAAAUAUAAAAAAUAUGCUAAAUUUUUAAUAAUCUUAGUGUCCAGAUCAACUUUCGUAUACUGCAAUCUCCAACCACCAACACAUAUCAGUAUCCGAUCCAACUUUCAUAUACGUGGCACCUUCAAUCACCAACACAUAUCAGAAAACAAGAAGAAGAAUGGAGAAUGAUAAUGGGAAAAGGAUAAGGGGUGAAGAUUUAAUAUGUAAGCUCAAAGAUGAUGGUGAUUUCGAUGUACUUCGCAUCAAAAUUGUUCGUAAACUCAAAGAAAAUGAAGAGUUGCGAAAAAAUAUAAUAGCCACAGUGAAGGAAUCAGCUGCGCUUAACCGUCCAGGUGCAGAAAAUAUGAGACCGAGGCAACUGUCAGAUGCUAUAUUUCAAGAAGUUGGGGACAAAGUCAUGGGUAAAAUUUCCGAUGAAUUGUGGAAUACAAUCAGAACGGGUGAUGGCAUUCAGACAGAGAUAACCCAAACAAUUCAAUCAGUUUACAAUAAGUUAUUGAACCCACAGCUAAAUGAAGCUGGUGAAUCAGCCUCUCAUUCAGACUUGCAGCCGGCUCGGAAUGGAGUUGAAAGUAAUGGACAUAUUGCUGUUUCAGGCAGUGGCAUUGAUGCCACAGUUUCUGCUGAUGCGGAGCCAAAAAAACCUCCUGGUUUUGCCCGAUUAAGUUCAAAUCAGAACAGCAAAAGUGAACAAAAUGAAUCGUCCAAAGAGGAGUCGGGACUUCCUGUUCCCACUGAUGGAAAAACAAGAGAAACAUAUACCAAGUCGGACACCGAUAGCUCACUUGACUUAGUGCCCGACAAAAUGGAUGCGGGUGCACCACCUGGCUUUGCUAUAGGCACGAAAGAGAAGAAUCCAGAUGAUGUUAAUGAUGAAGAUCCCGAAGUGCCUCCAGGAUUUGGCUGACGGCCUAUUAUUAUAAUAACUGGUUAGCCAUAUUCGGUUGGUCAUUGUCGUAUCAAGUUCAAGAAGAUCAUGUUGACACUUGCAGAGAAUACUUUACUUUGACCGUCGACUAGCAGCUCGUGGCCUUUCUUUCUUCAAUUUCCCGAGGUUAGAAACCUUAACUAUGUCGCUUAUGCAUGAUCUUGGAUUUCAGAUUAGUACUAUCAAAAUUCAUAGCCUUUAGAUAUGGACGCCAUACGUGACUAGUUUUCUUGUUGUAUGAUCUAGUACAAUAUAAGUGAUUUUUUUUGGUUUUUUAGACGUUGACCGUGACAUUACUCCCUAACGUGUUCAAGUCCAAUUACGUUUUCGCCCUUGUGCUUCGUCUUUUAAAUGUUUUUUCUUUUAGCUAGGUUUGUUUUUCCAAAAUUUCUAGGAGUUGAUGCUGUGGAUUGGACAAAGGAAAGUUAGUUGCUCAUACCAUUUGGCUAGAAGGUAUCGCGGUGCCUAGCCAGUUUGUGUGCGCCUCAAUAAUCCACUUUGAUAACAUGUGAUCGUUCAUGCUUCAUUGACCACUACGAUACACACUUGGAUCAGACUUCGUGUUACUCAAUUUAGGUCUCAACGACUUGUUUUCUUGAUAUGUUUUUUUUUUUCCUUUUUGUGACGCGUAUUUCUGUAAUUUUGAUGUUGACAUUCAUAUCUUUGAGGUACUAAAUUGACACAAUGUAGUCAAUAGUUAACAAGUACUAUUGUCCAAUGUCAAUCUUUAUCGACUGCAACAGAUAAUAUUUCUUAUUUUCAAGAUUUCAAAUUUCGA